AUUCCCACAAACCUUCUUCAUUUUCUUUCAAGAAACCCAAAAAUCAAAAUGGCUUUAACUCUUCGUUCUUCUACUUUCUUAAAUUUAAAGGACAUCAAGACUCUGAAAACCCUCGACGUAGAUUUCGUCACCACCAUUUGUUUUGCCCAAAUCAAGCCUACAACACGUCGUUUGAGAACAAGAAAUUCAAUACAAGAUGCUCAAUUAUCUCGUGAAAAGAUGAUAUCACCUUUCGAAGGGAUGUAUGAUGCACAAAAGGAGAAGUUUCAUGCUUUAUCUAGCAGUCACCAGAUGCAAAAUGACUCAAAGGUCCCAGUCUACGUUAUGCUCCCUCUUGACACGGUGACAUUAGGUGGACACUUGAACAAACCAAAGGCAAUGAACGCGAGCUUAAUGGCUUUAAAAAACGCAGGUGUUGAAGGUGUCAUGGUUGAUGUUUGGUGGGGUUUGGUUGAAAAAGACGGAUCAUUGAAGUAUAACUGGGAGGGGUAUGUUGAGCUUGUGAAUAUGGUGCAAAAGCAUGGAUUAAAGCUUCAAGCUGUUAUGUCUUUUCAUCAGUGUGGAGGCAAUGUUGGAGACUCUUGCAGCAUCCCAUUACCUCCAUGGGUUCUUGAAGAAAUCAGCAGAAACCCCGAUCUUGUCUAUACUGAUAGAUCCGGCCGGAGAAACCCCGAGUACUUAUCCUUAGGCUGUGAUUCAUUGCCGGUGCUCCGGGGAAGAACACCCAUUCAAGUUUAUUCCGAUUUCAUGAGAAGUUUCAAACAAAGAUUCAAGAAUUACUUGGGAAAUGUUAUUGUGGAAAUUCAAGUGGGUAUGGGUCCUUGUGGAGAGCUGAGGUAUCCAUCUUAUCCAGAAAGCAACGGAACGUGGAAAUUUCCGGGAAUAGGAGAAUUCCAAUGUUACGAUAAGUAUAUGAGAGCGUCAUUGGAAGCUGCGGCAGAUGCAAACGGAAAGAAAGACUGGGGAAACAGUGGACCUCAUGAUUCCGGCCAGUACAACCAGUUCCCGGAGGACACCGGAUUCUUCCGGAGAGAAGGGACAUGGGACACCGAUUAUGGCCGUUUCUUCAUGGAAUGGUAUUCCGGGAAGCUACUGGAACACGGCGACAAAAUCCUAGGGUCCGCUGACAGGAUAUUCCGGGGAACCGGAGCAAAACUUUCGGGGAAGGUUGCCGGCAUCCACUGGCACUACAAGACUAGGUCGCAUGCCGCCGAGCUAACCGCUGGAUAUUACAAUACACGGCAUUCAGAUGGGUAUUUGCCUAUUGCCAAAAUGUUGGCGAAGUACGAUGUUGUUUUCAACUUCACGUGUAUGGAAAUGAGAGACAAUGAGCAGCCACAACAUGCGAACUGCUCGCCGGAAGGGUUAGUUCGGCAGGUGAAGUUGGCAGUCAAAGCUGCCGGAAUCGGACUGGCCGGAGAAAAUGCUUUAGAAAGAUAUGACGGAGGAGCUUAUGCGCAAGUCCUGACAACGAGCAGAUCAGACUCAGGAAAUGGGUUGUGUGCAUUCACGUUUUUGAGACUGAACAAGCGGUUGUUUGAGGCGGAAAACUGGCGGCAGUUGGUGAAUUUUGUAAGAAGUAUGUCGGAAGGUGGUAGGGUGAGGCAACCGGAGAGCGAUUCAAGCACGACGGAUCUUUAUGUUCGGUUUGUUGAUAACAAGUUGAAAAGCUUGAAGGAGGAUAAGGAGGCUGUAUUGUUGUAGAUAUAGAAUAACUAAUCGGAGUAUAUAUGUAUAAAUUCAGGAAAGAGGAAAUCUUAGGGUAAGAAAAUUAAUCACAAGUACAUUGAAAAGGGUGAAUGAUUAUCUUUUUAUGCAUCAUGUAAUAGAAGUUGCAUAAUGUCCCUCAUAUAUUGUUUAUAUGGAAUCCUCGUAAAUAUUAAUAAAGAGAUAGAUUGAUCGUC